AAAGAAGGCAAACACAAACCCGAGCGGAGCUGCGGACCGCUGCUGUGAGGAGCGGAGGGACACGGCCAGAGGACACUGAGUGCUGAAACCAGUGCGCCAGUAAGGAGACAAAGCCCACUUCACGAGAGAGAAAGGAGCAGAGGAUGUCCAGAGCUGACUGGUCCUUCCUGGAGCACCUGCUGGAGGAGGGCCAGGAGUAUUCGACAGGCGUCGGCCGCGUCUGGCUCACCGUGCUCUUCCUGUUCCGCAUGCUGGUUCUGGCAACUGCCGCCGAAUCUGCCUGGGAUGACGAGCAAGCCGACUUCGUCUGCAACACGCGACAACCUGGUUGCACCGCCGUGUGCUACGACAAAGCCUUCCCCAUCUCCCACUUUCGCUACUUCGUCCUCCAGGUCAUCUUCGUCUCCACGCCCACCAUCUUCUAUUUUGCAUACGUGGCUAUACGGGCGGGGAGAGACAAGAAUAAAGAGGAGGAUGGGAAGGAGGAAGGAGAAGGUGCUGGGGGUAAGAGAGGAGAAACAGUGAUAGAAAGGGACAAUAACAGUGUGAAUAAAGACAAUGCAGAAGAGACGGAGAAAAAAGAGGACAGUGGGAAAGUUAGAAAAGCUGACAGGGCUCCUCCUGAGGCUCCAAAGCUGAAAGGCAGGUUGCUGUGUGCGUAUGCAUUUAGCAUACUGUUAAAAGUCCUACUAGAAGUCGGCUUCAUCGUAGGACUGUGGUUUCUUUAUGAUGGCUUCUUCAUUUCAGCAAAGUUUGAGUGCACAAGGGUUCCUUGUCCUCACACAGUGGACUGCUUUGUCUCUCGUCCCACGGAGAAGACCAUCUUUACCAUCUACACUCAGGUGAUCGCUGCCAUAUCCGUACUCCUCAACCUCGUCGAGCUUCUCCACCUCCUCCAGCUCGCCAUCUCUCAUCGGCUGGAGAAACGCUACCUUGCCCAGCACCAAGACUACCUACCUCGGUCAGAGCAGGUACCAGCUCAACAGGACGCUCCAGAACUCCAACAGGAUGCGCUACAGUCCUACAGAGCAGGGAGUCAUGUCAACAUCCCCAUGCAGGGGGAGGCUGCGUACUAUCCCAACCCCUGUGAGAGCCAUGGCGAUCUGGCGAUAGAGGUGAACUGGGGACCUGGGGAGACUGGGAGCGACCUGCUUCCUAGUUAUAUGAACUGCAUGGAGGCUAUAAAGACAACACACUCCCCGAGAGUCCAUUAUAAGAAACACGCACACCACACUGGGAAAAACACUAAGGGUGCUUAUAAAGGACACUCCAAGCAGAAACAUUAUGUAUGACGCAUUCAGAUGUGGUGAUAAGUCUCUUAGGACCAUGAAAGGUUUGUUUGGUGUCGUUCAUUUUAUGGUAUAAAUACUAUCCUGCACAUGACACUUGACUAUCAGGAGUGAGAGCUUGAACAAUGGAGAAAGGAAGAACAAUUAUUGCACUGUGAACUCGAUGCCUCAGAGGCAGGCAGAUAUUCAAACAGAGAUUUACGAAAUAAAUGGACCUAUUGAAAACAUUUCAAGAACACUCCUCAAGGCAAAGAAAAUGAGAGUCCACAAUGAGAGAAGAUUACAGUCAUAAGAUGUUACAUUUAAUGGCUUUAGGGUGGACUGCAACAGUGGAAAAAUACAGUGCGAUGGGGGUCUGCAGAGGGGCUGGGGAUACGUGUGUAUGGGAGAGUGUGCAGUAGAACCAGAUUUAAGCAUAUUCCUCUGAGAUCUGCACUGUAACUGCUGGAGUUCUUUGAAGCCCCCCCCCACCCUCCCCCCUUCGUCGUCUCUCCCUCUCCCAUGGCUCCGUCCACACUGCGGAAUGUGCUGGUCUCUGGAUCCCGCUUUGCUCCCAAGAGGAUAAGGCCUGCGUGGAUGCAUGCAUGCAUGCAUGCACACACGCAAUGUACUUUUCCCCUUUCACCCAGUGAGUCUCGGUCACUCGAGUUGGGGACGUGAACUGGGGAAGACACAGGGGAGCCAAACCAGAGGAAUUCUGGGAUUGUAAGUGAGUUGUCAUUGCCAGUAACCAUAGUAAUUUAGCUAUGAAGAAAGAGGGGCGAGAGAGGAGCACUGCAUACUAGAUCAUGAGAGCUGAAUAAUGGAGGAACGACAAGCAUCCAGUUGGAAAAUCAAACCUUUUUCGAGAGCUUGAGAGGACUCAAAAGAUGCAUUAGUGAUUGCACAUCGAGUGGACGGAAAGCGGUACAGACAUGUGCAAACUUAAUGAAAGUAAAUGACCAAUUUUGGGAAAACUGUAUUUAAUGUUUCAAGUAUUAUGAAAUACCAAUGUUAUUAUUUAUUAUUUUGUGGGAAAUAAAGUUUAAAGUUACAUAAA